GUUUAAAAUAGCUGUUUCUAAUUCAUCAUCUGUGCAGAUUGCUGUGAUGGAAGUGAUGAAUAUGAUAGUGGUAUCAAGUGUCCCAAUAUGUGCGUCAUGGGUGGGAACAUUGAGUACAAAACUGAAACUUAUAUUUCUGCAAGUAAUGUUCACUCUGCUGGUGCAAAUGAAAGGAAAGAUGGAAUUCAUUUGGAUGACUUGAUUGAGAAGCUUAAAGGUUUGAAGAUGAUUGCAAUACUGGAGGUGGUCCUCAUUGGGUUUCUGGUAAUAUGGAGAAUAUUCCGUCGGCAUCUCAGGUCAAAAAGAAGACGUCACCAUUGAAAGCAUCUACAUUGGUUCACAAUUCUGUCCUUGCAAUCACGAAGACAGAGUGAGUUGAAUGUUUUGAUCUUGGGUGGAAAGGGCAGGCAAAACCAUCUGAUGGGAUUAGGAAUCAAAAACAUUUUGUACAAAAUGGUCUAGUACACAGGAUAUUUAGCAUUGUCUCAUAUAUAUUCAAUCAUGUUCUAUCGAAAUCCAUUUAUUUGCUUUUGCAUUUGCCUGUUUGACGUUCCAAAUAUGGGGCUGAAGUAUCAUGCAGGGAGUGCAGGGAAAGAAAAUGUGCCAAGUAGUCCCCUUAGGGAAUGUUUCAGUGGUUAAGAGCUAAAGUUUCCAUGUUGGAAAUCUUAAAUUUGAAUCCUGAAAUAGUUAGGGAGGCGUUUGGGAAUUGGGAACAAGGAAAGUUAUCUCUUAUUGUAUAGUUGAUUAUUUGAUGUACCAAUUGAAAGAAAAUGUGCCAAGUAAACAUUAGCGAUAAAAAAAGAAAAUCACACACAAUAUGUACUUGGUUUGGCAUAUACUUCUAUCAGCAAGCCUAGGUCUAGGCCUACAUCCAGGGAUGGGCGUUAAGUUCAGUUUGUAUGAACCGAACCGAAAUUUAGGUUGAGACUUGUAUACAGACACAUUUUUUAAUGCAUACUUGCAAUACACUUAAUGAUAAAAC